AUCUGCUCUUUAUGAAGUUUGAAAAUUAUCUUCUAUGCGCUUUUCCCAAAAAAAAAGAAAAAAAAAAAAAAAAGAAGAAGAAAAGAAUUAGCAUCUCUGCGAAGUCAGUUGUUCAUGGCCUGCAGCAUUCCUUAUCUCCCUCUCAAAAUCCGCUUUUCGAUCUCCUCUCGCUGCUCUUCAACAGCUUCAGUCCCUUUCCUCAAGACAUCUACGGCGACGUUUUCCUGUCGUUCUCAUCUCAGCUCGACAAAAUCCAUUCCUUCAGCGUCCUUAUCAACCACUGCUAGCUUCACCUGGAAUGACGUCAUUCGAAUUUCUCAACCGGAAAGCGCUCCGGACGAUCCUUCCGAUCUCAAACCCUACUUCGACAAGAUUCAAGCCUGUAAUCGCGGAUCAGAAUUUCAAUCCGAGUUCCUUCCAUUUAUAAUUGAGAAUCAAAUUGUCGGUUAUAUCCACAAUGGAUUUGCUGAGCAUUUGAGGAGGUUCAGGAAUGUGUUUAUUUUCUCAGAAGAUAACCAGGUGACCUUGCAUUCGUCUCUUAAGACAUCAGAGGAUAGAACUAGAGCAGUAGGAGAAGUAAUCAAGAGCUUGGGGGAGAAACUGAUUCCAGGUAUACGGAACGAGCUUUAUCCUGUAACUUCGUCCUUUGGUGCACCGACAUUUUUCUCGCUAGAACGUGCAGCUGCUCCUUACUUUGGAAUAAAGGUUUAUGGAGUUCAAAUGAAUGGUUAUGUUGAGAAAGAUGGCCAGAAAUUUUUGUGGAUAGGGAAGAGAAGUCAACUGAAACCCACGUAUCCAGGGAUGCUCGAUCAGCUAGUUGCUGGAGGACUGCCACAUGGGAUUGCGUGUGGUGAGAAUCUUGUGAAAGAAUGCGAAGAGGAAGCUGGGAUACCCAGAUCCAUUUCUAGUAGUGCAAUAGCAGUUGGUGCAGUGUCAUACAUGGACAUUGAUGAGUAUAGGUACAAGCGGGAUGUUUUAUUUUGUUAUGAUUUAAAACUCCCUGAAAGUUUUAUACCUUGGAAUGAAGAUGGAGAGGUGGAGAGCUUCAAGUUGAUCCCUGUGCCACUGGUUGCAAAUGUUAUUCGAAGGACAGAUUUAUUCAAAUCAAAUUGCACUCUCGUCAUCAUUGAUUUCUUGUUUCGACAUGGGUAUAUUAAACCUGAAUGUUUUGGAUACUUGGAUCUGCUUCGUCGUUUGAGAAGUGGAGACUGUUCGUAGUAACACCAAUUACUUGAAUUACCAACACCCAAACGAAAACUUCUUUUAUAAUGUAAUUCAAACUAAUCAAGGAGCUUACGAUCCAUUUUAAUGUACUACUUAUGAGUUGACGACCA